AAUAUUUUGUAAAUUUAUUUUAUAAAUAAUAAGUAUUUCUAAAAAUAUGAUUACAAUAUUUAUGAAAAUAAUAUAAAAAAAAAUAAUAAAUUGAUAUAUUUUUUUAUUAUGUAUUUUAUUGUAACGUUUUUGACUAGAAUUUUCUACCGGCAAGUAGAUCGCUCUCGCAAAUAAACAUGUAGAAUUCCGAUGUUUAUAAUUGUUUAUUAUUUUAUUUAAAAUUUUUGAAUCUAAAAAGUUGUAAUCGUCAUAUUUAAUUAAUAUAAGUCAAUUAUCACAACAUACUGUUCGUUAUUGUUCAUAAUUGUAUUUAUUUUAUUAAAUAUAUAACAUAUAUAGGUUUUGUUUACACAAAUAUUUAUAUUUUAUCCCAGUAGAUGGAAGUACUGUCGCGCGGCAUCAACGCGCAUGCGUCAUUAUUUCAAAUUAAAAAUUAUUUUACAAAUAAAUAAAGUGUAGGAAAUUUUUUAUUUUUUAUUGAAAUUUAAAAUUAAAUAAUUAAUUAAUAAAUAUAAGUUUUAAUUAAAAUAAUUUAUCAGUCAUUAAAAAAUGUCCAGUCUGAAUAUAGUCAAAUUCAAGAAAAUCAGAUAGUGGAUUGCUGAGUUCCAAGUCGAGGAUGUCAUCAUUUUUUUUCAAAGAACCGAAUAAAAAAAACUUGGAUGAUCAUCAGUUAUUAAGUUCCAAGUCAAGGAUGUCAUCAUUUGUUUUUGAAGAACCUAAUAAAAAAAAACUGGAUGAUCAAUCAUUGAGUUCCAAGUCAAGGAUGUCAGCAUUCUCUGGUUCAUGGCCAGAACAUUUAAAUAAUACAACAUCUGGGUCUUCAUUAAAAGGAAAAUCACCUAGAAAUUUAAAUGGUAAUUCAAAGACUAUUAAAUUGACAAAUAAUAAUAGAAUACCAGACACUGAUGAUAACUCACCUGGAACUGCUGAAUCUGAUGAUAAUAAUCCAGUAGACUUGGAUGUCACUCCACCAGUUGGUGAUUUAUUUGAUGAAGCAGAAGACUCAGAUCUGGAUGUUACUCCACCAGUUGGUGAUCUAUCUGAUGAUGACAUCACUCCACCAGUCAGUCCAUCAGAUGACUCCAAAACAUCUGAUGAUUCAUCAGAUUCAAUUGAUCUGGAAGACAUCACUCCGCCAGUCAGUCCAUCAGAUAAUUUUGGUGAAGAAGAAGAAGAAGAUAAUCCAGCUUUUGACACAUGGAAAAUAACGAAUUCUGAGGGAAUCGUCCUCAGAACGGGUGAUGACAAUGGGAAUCGAGAUGACCCACAGCCGCCUUCAGGAUCUUCACGAGUUUUUCAUAUAUUGCCUGGAGAUGAUCAAGUAAAUCUCACGUUAUCUUUGUGAUGUUAAUUAAUUUAAUUCAUGAUAAAUUUGAUAUAUUUAAUUAUUUAAUAGAACUUCAAUUGUAAAUAGACAAGUAAUUUAUAAUCUUUAACUAAGAUUUCAAUCAGUAAUUAAUUAUUUUCAUUUUUUUAAUUUAUAUAUCAAAUUACACGAAAUUGAUAUUCAGUUAAAUUCAAAUAUUUUUAAUAAUUUUCUUUAUGAAUUAAAAAAAAAUAGAAGUCUCUAUUUUAAAUAAUAUGCAGGGUAAACUAUCAUGUCCUUCAAAAGCUAGCUCUCUAAUAAUUGUUGUUUAUAUAUUUACCAGCCACAGAAACAUUUAAAAUUUUUUUAUUGAUUCUACGAUAAUUAAAUUUAAUUUUUAUGCUUAUAAUUAUUUAUAAAAUUUCAUAUUAGAAAAUUAAGAAAAUCAAACAAGUAAAAUUGCGACAUCAGUCAGCUCUUGUACAAUUUUCAAUUAUGAUAAUAAUGCAGCAGAUUUUAAAUAACUGAUUAAACAAUAAAUUUAUCUGGUGAAAAAAAAAAAAAAAAAAAAAAAAAACAAAUAAUUCUCUUAUCAAUUUUAUAUAAAGGCACUGGGCUGCUGGCAAUCAGAUACUUUAUUCUAUUAGCGAGUAAAUAAAAAACAAAAAUAAUUUAUAAAUGUAAACUUUAAUAUUUAUA